GCGCGGCCUCGCCCCGUCUCCCCCGCCCGGCGCGCCCCGCCCGCGCUCGGCGGUGCGGGAUGGGGCGAUGGCGCGGGCGGGCGCGGGGCCGCCGCGGGAGCUGUCCCUGGAGGAGGUGCUGAAGUGCUACGAGCAGCCGCUGAACGAGGAGCAGGCCUGGGCGCUCUGCUUCCAGGGCUGCCGAGCCGCCGCCGCCGCCCCCGUCGCCCCCGCGCCGCUCCGCACCGCCGACAUCCGCCUCCGCGCCGACGGCUCCCUCCGCCUGCCCGCCCCGCCGCACGACCUGCCCGCGCUGCUGACGCCCUCCGCCGAAGCCCAGAUGGUGCAGUCGCUGGGCUUUGCUGUGUACCGGGCGCUGGAUUGGGGGCUGGACGAGAACGAGGAGCGAGAGCUGAGCCCGCGCCUGGAGCAGCUCAUCGACCUGAUGACCAACAGCGACUCGGAGGACAGCGGCUGCGCCACGGCCGACGAGGGCUAUGGGGGGCAGGAUGAGGAGGAGGAGGGGGGCGAGGGCCCGCCUCGCUCCGUGCGCACCUUCGGGCAGGCCAUGCGCUGCUGUGCCGCCCGCCUGGCCGAUCCCGCCGGCGCCCCGGCUCACUACCAGGCUGUCUGCCGCGCCCUCUUCGCAGAGACCGUGGAGCUCAUGGCCUUCCUCGCCAAGAUCCGCGAUGCCAAGGAGCUACUGCAGAAGCUGAAGGAGGAUGAGGAAGAGGAGGAGCGGCCGGCGGCAGAGCUGGGCAACCUGCGCAACACAGACUGGGCCCGGCUGUGGGUGCAGCUGAUGAGGGAGCUGCGGCACGGUGUGAAGCUGAAGAAGGUGCAGGAGAAGCAGUUCAACCCUCUGCCCACCGAGUACCAGCUCACGCCCUUCGAGAUGCUCAUGCAAGACAUCCGUGCCCGCAACUACAAACUCCGCAAGGUCAUGGUGGAUGGAGACAUCCCCCCCCGGGUGAAGAAAGAUGCUCACGAGCUCAUACUCGACUUCAUUCGCUCCCGGCCCCCCCUGAAGCAGGCAUCAGAGCGGCGGCUGCGGCCGCUGCCCCAGAAGCAGAGGACGCUCCACGAGAAGAUCCUGGAGGAGAUCAGGCAGGAGCGGAAGCUCCGGCCCGUGGAACAGAAAGGAUACAGCUCCUUGCCCUGCAUCCCACACGCCUGUGCUGGCCGCCUGAGCUCCAGCUCCUGCCUCGAGCUGUCCCCGGUGCCCAGCCAGCGCCGUGCCCCGCGCCCACGGCCACGCGUCCUGCUCAAGGCACCCACCCUGGCUGAGAUGGAGGAGAUGAACCUCUCCGAGGACGAGGACUCUCCGGCCACGGAGGUGCCGCUGAAGCGGGAUCGCUCCUUCUCAGAGCGGGACCUGGCACAGCUGCAGAGCCAGCUGGGGGGUGACCAGGCUGUGCCCCAGGACCCAGAGCCGCUACAGCCUGAGCCCCGGCCCCGCUCAGGCUCUGUCCCUGCCAGCUGCCACCCACUGCCAGAUGGCCCAGCACUGCCCAGGGCUGCCCUCGGCGCUGUGGAGGAGAGGCCAGAGGAUGGAUCCAGCGCUGCCCCUGCCAGCAGCUCCAAGCACCUCUGGCUGGAGUUCAGCCACCCCGUGGAGAGCCUGGCCCUGACUGUGGAGGAGAUGAUCAACGUGCGCAGGGUGCUGGUCAAGGCUGAGAUGGAGAAGUUCCUGCAGAGCAAGGAGCUGUACAGCAGCCUGCGGAAGGGGAAGGUCUGCUGCUGCUGCAGGGCCAAGUUUCCUCUUUUCUCCUGGCCCACGUCAUGUUUCUUCUGCAAAAGGUCUGUCUGUAGCUCCUGCAGUCUAAAGAUGAAGAUGCCUUCCAAGAAGCUGGCUCACAUCCCCGUCUACGCGCUGGGCUUCGAGAGCCUGCCGGGCUCGCUGCUGCCCAGGCCCCGCCGCUGCGCCGGAGGAGCCCUUCCACUCGCUCUCGGGGGCCGUGCUGGCGCCGGGUGGAGGAGGAAUUCCCGCACAUCUACGCCCAGGGCUCGGUCCUGCGCGACGUUCUGCUCCGACUGCGCCGGCUUCGUCACCGACGUGGUCAGCUCCAGCCGCCGCAGCGUGGCCGUGCUCAACGCCAGCGCCGCGUCCCGGCGCCACGCCAAUGGCUCGCUCCCUCUACAGCGACGCGUGGCUCAAGUGAAGGGCCGGGAGCCCCGGUGA